CAAAAGUACCUUUUCCCAAAUCACCGCACCCCUCUCCCGUUCACCAGUAGGACUGGUGCCUUGACUGUUCUUUUCCCGUCUUCCCAGAAUGCCCAGAGGCUGGGAGUCCCUCAGAUGGCCCAGACACUUACCACGCCAGUGGUCUCCGUGGCGACGCCGAGCCUCUUGUCGCAGGGGCUGCCCUUCUCCGCCAUGCCGACGGCCUACAACACAGAUUAUCAGCUGACUAGUGCAGAUCUGUCGGCACUUCAAGCUUUCACAUCGCCAGGUGCCCUGGCACUUGGCAACGUGUCCACAUGGCAACAGCAGCAGCAACCGCAGCAGCAGCCAGUAUCUCAGCAACAGCAAGUCAACCUGGCUUCACUCAACAACUUAGUCGUGACCCCCCAGUCAGAGCUGCUUGCGGGGAGGCAGGAGUGGCUAAGCCGGUACCGUAUGACAACCCCCCUUUCAUCCCGCCCCCUCUUUCUUUCUGUGUGUGUGUGUGUGUGUGUGUGUGUGUGUGUGU